AUGGCCAUGGACGCCGGCAGCAAUGCCACGGGGACGCGGCUCAGUCUCUUUGUUUUACACCUCACCAUCCUCUUUCUUCUCGGCGGCGGCGCAGAGGCGGCGACGUCGUUCAGCUUCACCAACGCGUGCGCGCACCCGGUGUGGGUGGGCGCGCUCAACGGGGCCACCUCGCCUCCCCUAUCCCACACCGGCUUCUACCUCGCCUCGGGCGCCACCUCCUCCCUCGCCGCCCCGUCCUCCGGCGCAUGGUCGGGCAACUUCUGGGCGCGCACCGGCUGCGCCACCGACGCCUCCACGGGCCGCUUCUCCUGCGCCACCGCCGACUGCGGCUCCGGCGACGUCGCCUGCAACGGCCGCGGGCCGGCGCCGCCCGUCACGCUCGCUGAGAUCACCCUUGCCGCGCCCGGCUCUGGCGGCCUGGACUUCUACGACGUCAGCCUCGUCGACGGCUUCAACGUGCCACUCCGCAUCGCCCCUUCCGGCAACACCAACGGCAACAACGGAUGCAGCGCCGCGGCGUGCGCCGGCGACGUGAACGCGGUCUGCCCCUCGGACCUACGCGUGCAGUCCGGGUCGGCGGUGGUGGCGUGCAAGAGCGCGUGCAACGCCUACGGCAGCGCGCGCUACUGCUGCAGCGGCGACUACGGCACGCCGGCGGCGUGCGGGCCAACCAACUACUCGCAGGUGUUCAAGGCCGCCUGCCCGACGGCGUACAGCUACGCAUACGACGACGCCAGCUCAACCUUCACCUGCUCCGGCGCCGCCGUCUACGACGUCACAGUCUGCCCUGCCAAUUAA